CCCAAGACAAGUCUAUAGAGCGUGGCCGAGCUUCCUACUGGCUAGACACAUGUAUUAUGGAGAUAUUGGGCUGCGAGAGUAACGCGUACAAUGGGAGUCAAGAGACGCAUCAGGGUGCAGAGCUCGAUCGACUGGUUGCCAAUUUUCUCGAUCGCCAGACUACCGCUGCAUCAGAGCGCUUGAGUGGCAUCAUAUUCAAAAAUCUGUCUGUCAUAGGCGCAGGAGUUGGGCGCCAACGGAUGUCCGAUGUUCCCGAAUCUCUACGACAUCUAAUAACGCUCGCCAACCCGGUAACCUGGUUUUCGCGGAAGAGAACCACAUCUCGACCAAUUCUGCAGCGGCUGACUGGUUCAAUCCGUGAAGGGGAAAUGCUGAUGAUCGUGGGACGCCCGGGCAGUGGGUGCACCACCGUUCUGAAAGCCUUGUCGAAUAUGAGGGAUGAGUAUCUGGGAUUGGAGGGUGACGUCUGGUAUGGCUCGAUGGACGCCCCGACAGCCAGGCGACUUAGGCCCAACCAGGUGGCCUUCGUUGGGGAAGAUGACAUCCACUUUCCGACUUUAUCUGUCAGCAACACGCUAAGAUUUGCCCUCAAUGCCCGGCAUCCUAACUCUGAUCCGAACCGAGCCUCCAGCAUUGAAGAAGAUCUUCAAACUCUACUGCAGCUGAUGGGCCUUGCUCAUGCAGCUCAUGUCCGAAUUGGAAAUGACCAUCUUCGUGGAGUCAGCGGCGGCCAGCGUCGUCGUGUCUCCCUCGCUGAGGCUCUCUGCACGCGUGCAAGCCUUUUUUGCUUUGAUAAUCCUACUCGGGGGUUGGAUUCGUCAACUGCCCUCCGCUUUCUCACUACCAUGCGCAAAUACACUACCCGCAGUCGAUGCAUGACCGCCAUGUCUUUGUAUCAAGCUAGUGAUGUUGCAGUUUCAAUGUUCGAUAAGAUCUUAGUUUUAAACGACGGUCACAUCGCCUACUAUGGCCCGGCGACAUCAGCCAAAGCCUACUUUGAGUCCCUUGGAUUCUACUGCUCUCCGAGGAUUUCGGUUUCCGACUUCCUGGCAUCUAUGUCAGGGGAUCCGACAGGUCGGAAACCGCGGGAUGACCUUCAGAGGCCGGUGCCCGUUCAGCCCGCUGAUUUUGAGGCCAGAUUCAGAGAAAGCAGCUUCUAUCAGCAGACGGUGAGCGAGGCCGCAAAGCCACCUCAAGGAGCAGCAAGUGGAGAUUCCAGAGCAUCAGCAUACGCUUUGCCCCUUUACCGUCAGGUAUAUGAGUGUACAGUUCGCCAUUAUCAGAUUUUUCUGACUGAUCGGGCUGCCUGGAUUGCCGAGGCGGGCGGCACAAUCGUCCAAGCUCUGCUUCUAGGCACUCUGUUCCGAAAUCAGAGAGCCGUAACGGAAGGGCUUUAUACACGCGCAUCGGCGCUUUUUUUCUGCGUUUUGAUUAUGGGUUUGCAGUCUUCUGCCGAAUUUGGGAAUACAUUUGUUCAACGCCCGAUCUUGCUUAAGCAGAAGGCGUUGCGAUUCUACCGACCCGCGGCCUACGCGCUUGGUCAGAUCCUCGCCGACGUACCUUGGAAGUUUAUCUUCAUCUUGUACUCGCUGCCCAUAUACUGGAUGAUUGGCUUCCAGCGUACAGCGGGGAGCUUUUUCACAUGGCUGGUGUGCCUCUACAUGGGCCUAAUGGCACUGAGUGUCAUGUUUCGAGCCAUAGCUGUCUUCACAAAUUCCAUCACUCGGGCCAUUCUUCCGGUUGGGCUCUUACUCAAUGUGCUAAUUAUCUACACAGGGUUUUAUAUCACACCUCCAGGAAUGAAGGUCUGGUUAUCUUGGAUCCGCUACCUUGAUCCCAUGUACUAUACUUUCGAGUCCAUCGCUCUCAACGAGAUUGGGAGCAGUUCAUAUGCAUGCAGCCUUCAUGACAUUGUUCCUCGGGGUGAGUUAUACAAUGAAACCAGCCUCCAGGCCUGUGCAGUGUCUGGCUCCGUAGCAGGUCAAUUGAACCUUUCUGGAAGACUCUAUUUGAUGGUCGAGUAUGGAUUUGAAGACUUCCAUUUAUGGCGAAAUGUUGCAAUCAAUGCGGCCUUUUUCGUCUUCUUUUCAACUGUGGUGACCAUUGGAAUGGAGCGAUUUCGCCAUGCAUCUGAGCAGAUGGCAACGAUCUUUUACCGCAAGCUGCCGUCGUGGGCGAACACUUCACCCACUCAUCCUGCGGAUACCGAAGAGCCACAGUAUGUCACUGACUCUAAAGAACUCAGACCCUCCUCCGACAGUGAGAUGGCCCCUAUCAGCUGUCUGAACAACACACAAAAUGUGUUUGCGUGGCAUGAACUGUCACUCGAACUUGAUGACGGAAGGCACCUACUUCACCAAGUUUCAGGAUGGCUUCAACCGGGAAAGAUGACUGCAUUGAUGGGGAUGUCGGGAGCCGGCAAGACUACACUUCUCGAUACCCUGGCUCAGCGUAUCCAGAUUGGCCGCAUAUCUGGAGGACUCUACCUGAAUGGGCAGACACUUCCAGCGUCGAUGGGCCGCCGUACAGGUUUCGUCCACCAGAAUGAUAUCCACCUGGCAUCGUCUACAGUGCGCGAAGCACUCCAGCUGAGCGCAUGCCUCCGCCGUUCGGAAGCGGUUCCCUGGGAAGAAAAGAUGCAUCACGUGGAGUUCCUCAUCCGGCUUUUGGAAAUAGAAGAUAUCGCCGAAGCAAUCAUCGGGGUACCAGGGGCGGGGUUGAACCUCGAGCAGCGCAAGCGGGUCAGCAUUGGGGUUGAGUUGGCUGCAAAGCCGGACAUUGUUCUUUUCCUUGACGAGCCCACAUCCGGGUUGGAUGGCAAUUCGGCACUUUCCAUCGUGCAACUGAUGCGCAGGCUAUCUGAUGCUGGGCAGACCAUUCUCUGCACAAUUCAUCAACCAUCUGCGCAGAUGAUCGAACAGUUUGAUAAUUUGCUUCUGCUGGUCCCAGGUGGUAAAAUGACGAUAAUUGAUUACUUCGCUCGGUAUACGCGAUGCUGCCGGGAAACAGAGAAUCCAGCAGACUACCUUCUGGAAGUCAGUGCGGAGCCCGACCUUGACUGGUUUCAGACUUGGCAGCAGUCGCCCGAGUAUGCCUCUACCCAAAAGCAGCUUCAGCACUUCUUCCAGUCACAGGAAGGAAAUGCUUUGUCGUCGUCAGGCUCUGAUCGAGCAUAUGCAGCUUCCUUUCUCGAGCAAAUUCGAGUGGUCACCCAACGGGCUUUCACGAACUACUGGCGCGACUCGGACUACGUGUUGGGAAAAAUCCAGCUCAAUGUCUGGAUGGGGCUGAUGAAUGGACUCACAUUUCUCCAGCUAUCCAACGAUCUCACUGACUCCCGCGGACGGAUGUUUUCUAUCUUCGUCGGAGUAAUCACCGGGCCCGUGCUCAGCCUCCAGAUCGAACCUCGCUUCAUCCUUUUGCGGGAUCAAUUCCUGGCACGGGAGAACGAGUCGCGUGUAUACCACUGGAGCGUCUUUACCGUCACUGCGCUGCUGGUGGAGAUCCCGUUCACACUCCUUGGCGGGCUGAUAUAUUGGGUUCUCUGGUACUACAUGGUAGGAUACUUCACCAUCUCAACGCGAGCCGGUUACGCAUUUCUCAUGUACGAGCUCUACUCGUUGUUUGUCGCAAGUAUCGCUCAAUUGACGGCCGCACUGUUUCCCACCGUCUUGGCCGCACAGGUGGCCACUGGAUUCGUCUGGCUGGUGAUAAACACCUUCAAUGGGCCCCUCUCACCCCCGCCUCUGACACCGCGCGGAUGGCGCUGGUUCUAUAACAUCUCGCCCUUGUUUUAUUUUAUCGAGGGGAUCGGUACCAAUGCCAUGCAUUCGCUUCAGAUUGCCUGCCGUGACUCUGAGCUGACCACGUUCCAUGUGCCCACCGGGGAGACAUGUGCCUCGUAUGCAGCUGAGUUCUUCGCUUCAGGGAGUUCCACGGGUUACCUAGCAAAUCCUGACGCGACUGAGGAAUGUCACUACUGUGCCUAUGCGGAUGGAGAUCAAUAUGUCAAGCAAUAUGCCAUGAGCUACUCACAACGUGGCAACAACGUCGGCAUCUUUAUUGGAUUCAUUCUGUUUAAUUACACUAUGGCGGUAUUGGCAACCUAUUUGAUCUUUGUAUUUAAAUGGCGGAAACAACGGAGGACUUGAUUGUUGGACAUUGUGCAACAUAUCCUUGGUCGCCAUGUUGAACAGUUUCUGGCGGCUUGGGGGAUGGUUUGAUAGAUAGAAG